AUGGACGUCUUCUUACCUUCACCUAGUACAGGCUUUUGCAGCCAAGGAGGCGAUUACUCAGCAGUUCAGCCAACCUUCUGUGCUGCUCCUAGGCUUGGACCCCUGAAGCCUUCUGUGGCUCCAUCCUGGUGCUAUGCCAAGCUUCCAAAUCUAACUGCCAGGCUCAUGUCUCUGCGGUCCAUAGCCCUUACAGAUGCCUCACUAAGCCUUCAAGUUCCCCUGCAGCUGCACUGCCGCUCUCCAGCCUUAUGUGCACAAUGGAUAUUGCAACACUUCAGCGUCAGUCCUGAAGAAUAUACAGUCAUUUUCACCUCUGGGUGUACUGCUGCUAUUAAGCUGGUAGCUGAAAGCUUUCCCUGGAUUCCCACCGGCAAUGAUGGACCUGGGAGUCUGUUUUGUUAUUUAACAGACAAUCACACCUCAGUUAUCGGCAUCCGAGGACUGCUGUCUCAAAUGGGAGUAUCUGUCUUGCCAGUUAAUCCAAAAGAUGUUUGGUAUUUGGAGCAGGAUUCACAGAGCAUGAUAAAUGAUGAAGAAGACUGCAGGACCCCUCACCUCUUGUGCUACCCCGCUCAAAGUAAUUUCUCAGGGACUAAAUAUCCUUUGAAUUACAUUCAUGCUCUCCAGGCUCAAAAACUGCACCCCUUCAGUAGAACUCCAGGCCAAUGGUUUACCCUUCUGGACGCAGCAUCAUUUGUUAGCUGUUCACACCUGGACCUCCGGGCUUACCCUGCAGACUUUGUUACAAUUUCCUUUUACAAAAUCUUUGGCUUUCCUUCUGGAUUGGGAGCUUUGCUAGUUCACAAUAACUGUGGUAAAAUUCUGAAGAAGAGUUACUUUGGAGGAGGAACAGCAGCUGCAUACCUGCCAAAAGAGGACUUCUUCAUUCCAAAGCCAUCGCUGUCUGACAGAUUUGAAGAUGGCACUGUUUCUUUCCUUGACAUAAUUGCUCUGAAUCAUGGAUUCAAUUCUUUGGAAAAACUUACAGGAGGCAUGCAAAAUAUUCAGCGGCAUACGUUUGGAUUGGCACGUUAUGCCUAUGUGAUCCUAGCAACCCUGCAGCAUGCGAAUGGAAAGCCAGUGGUCCGUAUCUACAGUGACACUGAGUUUGAAGACCCUAGCACUCAAGGCGCCAUCAUAAAUUUUAAUAUAUUGGAUGACAACGGGAAUAUUAUCGGAUAUUCAAAGGUGGAUAAACUGGCCAGUCUGCACAAUAUCCACCUGCGCACAGGCUGUUUCUGCAACAUGGGGGCAUGCCAGCUCCACCUGGGCAUCAGCAAUCAGGGAAUUAAAAAGAACCUACAGGCUGGCCACAUCUGUGGAGACAACAUUGAUAUUGUAGAUGGACAACCCACUGGAUCAGUCAGGAUAUCAUUUGGCUACAUGUCCACAUUUGAAGAUGUACAGACCUUCUUGAAAUUUAUUGUGGAGUCAUUUGCUAGGGGUCCAGUCCGGGCUGAUGAAGCCAUGAUACUUACAUGCAGCAUUAGUGGAACAGAUGAUGAAACAUCAGGACUGGCCUCGUCAUUCAACUGCAGAAUCCAUGUUGACACCCUACCUGACACUUCCAGGUCUAGACAAAGGCAGACUGUUGAUUCCAUUACUAGCUCACAUCAAAAUGCUUCUUACGUAAGUGCAGCUGUGAACAUGGCGCCAAAGGUUGACUAUGAAGAAGAAGCAAAAAAAGACGGCAUCUUAGUGACGCAGAUGACCCACUCAGAGUGUGCCGAUGUACCUAAUAGGCUAACCAAUAUCUUUCUUUAUCCAAUUAAAUCCUGUGGAGCAUUUCAGGUGACAUCCUGGCCAGUUGGGCCAAGAGGCCUAAAAUAUGAUCGGAGCUGGAUGGUGGUCAACCUGAACGGUGUUUGUCUAAGUCAGAAACAGGAACCUCAGCUGUGCCAGAUCAUCCCCUACAUCAAUCUGAGGGAGAACACCCUGACUCUCAGAGCACCAGGGAUAAAUGACUUUACCAUUCCGCUAGAUGGCGUCAGUGAGGUCCUGCAGGAUGAAGUCUUUCAAAGCAAAGUUUGUGGAGACAGAGUUAAAGCUCAGGAUUGUGGGGAUGAGGUGGCCAGCUGGCUUUCACUUUUUCUUGGAAGGCAGUGUCGUCUGUUAAAACAAUGCAGAGAUUUUGCGAGAAGUGCUUGGAAGACGCAUGUGCAAGGUCAGUCAUCCAGCCAACCAGCACACCUUUCCCUGGCUAAUGAAGCCCAAUACCUGCUGAUCAACAGGGCAAGCGUACUGCAUCUCCAGCAUGAGAUAAGUAAAAGAAACGAGUGCAUCCCUGAACAGACACCCAGUAUGGAACAACUAAUUGCUCGGUUCCGUGCCAAUUUUGUCAUUCAAGGUGCUGAGCCAUUCGAAGAGGACAACUGGACUGAUGUGCAUAUUGGUGGAACUUCCUUUCAGGUUGUAGGGCAAUGCACUCGGUGUCAAAUGAUCUGCAUUGACCAAUCAAGUGGAACCAAAAAUCAAGAACUUCUGCAAAGCCUGUCUAGCUGCCGUGAUGGAAAGAUUGCUUUUGGAGUGUAUCUUCUCCAAAACAAAUUGGAGUCUGAUAUGGAAUCACAAGACCUUUUGGUUGGAUGCCCUGUAUUUCCCAAAGUUCAAGUGAACUAGUUUUCUUUGUGCUUUCUCAAUAAAUAAAUCAAGCUUUAUUAUUACCAUCUGCCAACUGUUUACUUAAAGAAUGCCUUUCCUAGGGAGUCCUAAAAAAAUUUUUUCCACAUCAUUCAUUUUUUAGGGUCCAAUUAAAAAAUGAUG